CUGGCGUGAUCUCAUCGAUGGAGUCGAUAAGAUAUGCAAUCAAAUUGCUGCCGUUACCUUAUACAUGGCCAUACUGACUCGGGCUGGGAAGAUCAAGACUCCAGCAUCUGACGAAAGCCAACAUGUCCAUCGAAAAGCUCAACUCGCCUGAACUCUCCCAGUUCUCUCACAUCCUGUCCCAUGCGACGAAGGUCCCGGGAUUGAUCUUCCUUAGCGGCCAGACUCCCACAGACAAGACCGGCAAAGUCGUCGAGGGUGGGAUCAAGGAGCACACGGCGCAAUGCAUCGCCAACCUCGGAGCGGUCCUCAAAGCCGCCGGCUCGUCCUGGGAGAAGGUCGUCAAGGUCAAUGUCUUCCUCGAUGACAUGAACAACUUUGCCUCGAUGAAUGAGGUCUACGAAAAGCUCCUGCCCAACCCUAAGCCCUCCAGAACGUGUAUUCAGGCUGCCAAGCUUCCCAACGGAGUCGACGUGGAGAUUGAGGCUAUUGCUGCUACUUGAGAGGGAGAGAAACCGAGAAACAAGAAGAGUGACAAAUCAGUGCAGAAUAAGAUGAACGCAAGCUUCAGUGGUUUAUGCAUGAGGCACCUUGUAUGAAACGCAGACGUUCGACCGUUCAACGUUCAAUGUUUAACAUUCAACGUUCAACGUUGACGCGCACAAAACUGACAUCAAAGCGAUCGACAUGAUUGUCACGCGUGACUGUGAUAUACCUUCCUGUGCGGCAUCGUUCGAGCCCGAGAGCAUGCCGUCUGACGACUAUGAGGCUGAGGCGACCGAGCUGUUAGAGACAUACGACUUUCUUAUGAAAUUCAUUAUCAUCGGCGAGGCCGGGACGGGAAAGUCGUGCUUGCUACACCAUUUUACACACAAUUCAUUUCGGGAACACUCACAACACACUAUCGGCGUCGAGUUCUCGAGCAGAACGAUAAAGCUCGGAGAGAAGAGGAUCAAGUUACAGUUAUGGGAUACGGCGGGUCAGGAGCGGUUCAGGUCCGUGACGCGAAGCUACUAUCGCGGGGCAGCAGGCGCGCUCCUUGUCUAUGAUAUCACCAACCGGGAAUCGUUCACGAAUCUUUCCCGGUGGCUGGCUGAUGCCCGAGCUUUAGCCAGCCCUCAUCUGGUGAUCGUGCUUGUGGGCAGCAAGUCGGACAAAGAUGACGAACGGGAGGUGGAGUGGGCCGAAGCCAGUCGAUGGGCAGCUGAGAAUGAUGUUCACUUCUUGGAAGCUUCGUCUCUAUCUGGCGACAAUGUGGAGGCUCCCUUCCUCUUAGCAGCCCGGUCGAUUCUUCUGUCCAUCGAAUCCGGUGCUCUUGAUCCAGAGAAAGCUGGCAGUGGAGUGAGCUAUGGAGAUCGUGCUCUGCGUCGGGUCAACAGCUCAAGUCGAUUGAGUUUUGGGAGUCUUAGUGCUGGGCGUCGAAAGGGAACGGUCAAACUGAAGUCGAAGAGCUGGAUACCGGGCACCAGAUGCUGCUAAUGUGUGCAAGCACCAUCUUAUCUGCACCCUCGAGACAUACCCAUAUAUCUAUUAUACCUCUACCAGUUUCUGCUUCAUACUAGCAUUUCCGACUAAUUACGGAUAAUUUGUAUCACCCAUGAAAUCCUACUUCAAUCCUGCAGCUGAGUAGCUAUGUUCUGAGCGAGUGUUCAGCUGACACUUUGCGCAGCAACCUUGGGUCACGCAUCUUUGUGUGAUUUUCCGAUAGCAGGAUCACUCAGAAUUACGCGGACUCCAAUCCGUGGUUCUCUUGCCUCUCUGCCCGAGGCAGUGAUAAGUAGCCUACUCGGAUGACCGGAGAAAUGGUCUGAUGGGUAGCCAGCUGAUCUCUCGGUGCUUGUCUUCUUCGGACCCUUACCGGCCCCUCUUAUUUGAAGCCCUGGCGACGAACUUUUCCUGCUGUGUUCGUGUCCUCCUUUCUCCGUACCCACUGUGGUGCGUAUAGUGUGAUGGGAAGUGCGUCGUCCCGAGGCCACCACACAUUGGACGUUAUUUCGAGCGCCAUCCCCGCCAGUUUCCGGUCGACGAGCUUUUCGAGUUCGCAAUCUUCAACGACUUCUCCUUCCUCGACCAGUUCCCCUCCAUCCUCGUCCAGCGCCCCCAUCGCCUUCUUGUCCGCAUCAGCUCCAGCCCCCUCUGAAGCAAAUUCAUCAUUCUCAAACGCCACCUCCGUACCACAAGCCUCAUCAAUCUCAAACGCUGCCUCUGUAAUACGAGCUUCAUCGUUCUCUAACGCUACCUCCGUCUCACGCGCUUCACAAUCACCGAUCGUGGCGACAUCAAGCCGGCCUUUAGUCAAAACACCUAGCGUCCCGUCUGCACCAGCUGUCAAAACGAGUGCCGCAGCUUUGUCCGAGUCGUCGUCGGCGAUCCUAGGAGUCAUGCCUGGCUCGUCAUCGUCGCAAGCCAGUUCAUCCAGCCCUCCGCGAGCUUCUGUCACCCAGCCAUCGUCGAGUCCGACGUCGCAUGCACCGGCAACUACGAGCUCCAAGUCAGAUGCGCCAAGCCCCAGCGUCGGUGUCAAACCGUCGACCACACCCGCGGCUUCAUCAUCCAAAUCGAUCGCCAGUCCGAUCAACGCACCCCCGCAAACGAAGGCUACAGCCCAGACAACGACGAGCACCGUGCACAUCACACCCUCAACCACGAGCACAAGCACGAGCACGACCACCGUGCCACCGACAUCGACUCUUUCCUCGCAGAGCCUGGUUCCUGUGGUUGUGACUUCCGGUGUGACUUCAUUCUUCGCGCCACCCCUGGUCACUGUGCUGUGGACAUCCACGGAACCGAAUGGCUCGUUUGUGACUGUGACAAACGUGGCGGCGAACCCCACUGCAGGGUUCAGCCAGAUCGGGGCAAGCACGGGCAAAAGUGGCUUCUUCCAUCACUCCGGUGCAGUCGCUGGCGUAUUCCUUGUCGUGGGCGCGCUAGUUUCGUCGUUCCUGGCGUACUUGACCUUCCUAUAUCUGCGUGCGAGGCGUCGCAAGCGUGACAAUCAUCGACGGUGGCUCAUGAACGUCAACCGGCCCCGCGGUCCGGCGGCAGAACCUCAGACCCUGCAGACGGCUCAAGUCGGCGACGAAUGGAGCAGGAUCCCUGCACCGCAUUACGCACCGCACCGCGCAUCAUUCAGCCAGGGCCUGGGGAUCUACCAUGCCACUCCUCGUCGGAAUGCUCCCCCCGCAUUCGAAGAACCCGGGGAACCCCAUUCCCGGCAGUCCAGUCCCUCGAUCUACCCGGCCUCACUGCCUGAGGAAGGCUCGCCUGUGAUGGAAAACAGUCCGGUCUCGGGAAGCUCGCUCUUGCCGGUCCCGCCCAGGCCACCUCGUUCGCAGCUUCGGAGUGUUCGAAUCCCCGUGACACCUCCGCAGUCGGUUUCGUCCCACAGCCCGACAAGCGUGGAAGAUUCCGGAAACCCAUUCGUCGAUGGCAACCGCUCGCCAGUUCAGCAAGGCUACGUUCCUCUCGACGAUCUCAUGCGUCGGCCUACUUUGUUAGAUGUAAGAUCGGAAGCCGGCAGCGACAUUGUCAGACGAAGCAGCCAACGAGCAUAAUGACGAUUC